CGGCGCCCAGGGUACCCUUUCCUCGGGGCGGUUUGGAGUGUUAACCCCGCCGGAGUGCGGACCCUCGGGGGCGGGAGGACGGCGCCGCCCGGCUGGAGCCCCUGAUGGAGGACAAGAGCUGCUCCAGUGUCUCUUGGACUUUUCCAUACCAGCUGAGACUCCUGAUGGAUAUGGCCCAGGCUCAAGGCUUUGGAAGAAGGUCUGCGAAGGCCUUUCUGAAAGGUUUCUUUGUAGCCGUCCCGGUGACUGUGACAUUUCUGGAUCGAGUGGCCUGUGUGGCGAGAGUGGAGGGAGCAUCGAUGCAGCCUUCCCUGAAUCCUGGGGGAAGUCAUUCAUCUGAUGUGGUGCUUCUGAACCACUGGAAAAUUAGGAAUUAUGAAGUUCGUCGUGGUGACAUAGUGUCGCUGGUGUCUCCUAAAAACCCAGAGCAGAAGAUCAUUAAGCGAGUGAUUGCUCUUGAAGGUGACAUUAUCAAAACCAUGGGACACAAAAACCGGUUUGUAAAAGUCCCACGUGGCCACAUCUGGGUGGAAGGAGACCACCAUGGACACAGCUUUGACAGUAACACCUUUGGGCCGGUUUCGCUGGGGCUCCUCCAUGCUCAGGCCACUCAUAUUCUCUGGCCCCCACAGCGCUGGCAGAAGCUGUAUCCCAUUCUUCCUCCAGACCGUGUGCCCAUUCACAGUCAGAAGGAUUAAUAUGAGGACCUGGAGGCACUGGUGCUGGAAUGACAUCCACAUUCCCAGAGGGGUCAGAAGGAAUGGAAGCACCUGAAUUCUGAACCAGACAACGCUGCCCAAGAAUAUACACAGGUCACUCUAUGACUUCGCCUGAAGGAGAAAUAUUUUCUUGAAGAUCACCCCAGAAGGGAUAGCUUUUGAAUUUGAUUAAGAUUCAACCAUUCAUCAGUACAAGAAAAUUACAGAGCUAAAGCCGUAACUAUUCCAUUUCUUCCUGUAGCAGGUUUGAUUUGGUUUUCUCAAUUUGUUGAUCUUUUUAGUGUAUUUGAUUUGCUAUAUGAUGCCUAAUACAUCCUGGAAGCAAAGAUUUUGUUGAAAGUUAGUAUAGCAGUCAUCAUUCAUUGCUCAGCUUGAAUUCAAAGAAACAGUUACUCAGGACUACUGAGUAUUUUGAAUUGUCAUCUCCGGAAGAGUAUCAUUCACUAUUGGAUAGAGAACUGUACUGUGUCACAUUAAAAUGAAAUAAAAAAUGCUUGUUUCAUUCA